AUGGAAGAUUUACCACCAGAACAAAUCUCAGUCCUCAGGAAAGCUUUCGAUGCAUUCGAUCGCGAACGUUCUGGAAGUAUACCCACAGAUAUGGUGGCCGAUAUCUUACGACUUAUGGGACAGCCUUUCAACAAGAAGAUUCUCGAAGAACUUAUUGAAGAAGUUGACGCAGACAAAUCUGGACGUUUGGAGUUUGACGAAUUCGUGACAUUGGCUGCUAAGUUCAUCGUCGAAGAAGACGAUGAAGCCAUGCAAAAAGAACUCCGUGAAGCUUUUAGGUUGUACGACAAAGAAGGAAAUGGUUAUAUUCCUACAUCAUGCCUGAAAGAAAUCUUGAGAGAGCUCGACGAUCAGCUGACCAACGAAGAAUUGGACAUGAUGAUUGACGAAAUUGAUUCCGAUGGUUCAGGAACAGUAGAUUUUGACGAAUUCAUGGAAAUGAUGACUGGAGAAUAA